GUGGAGGCAGAAGCAGUCAACCGGUCAGUCACUGUGGCCAAUCAGACCAACUGCCCCCUCUACAUCACCAAGGUCAUGAGCAAGAGUGCUGCUGACGUCAUCGCCCUGGCCAGGAAAAAGGGUAAUAUUAAAGAGAAAGUGUUGUGAUGGACUACUGCAACACGUUUUGUAUUGAUUGCUCUCUGUGGUUUGUGUAUCGUAACUACUGUUUAAUAAUAAUGUGAGUGCUUACAAUUGUCCUAUUUCACACAUGUGCGAAUUGGAAAUUAGUUUUUUCUGCAUACCGCACUCCCCCUGAGAAACCCCAGAGAGUGGUGUCAGAUCCAAGGAUCAGACAUGGUUGAUGGUGAUCCUGAAGCAAUAAGGGUUAAGUGGGAACACACCUAGUCGGCUCUGGGAUUUAAACCAGCAACCUUUCGGUUACUGGCCCUGGCUCUCUUAACCGCUAGGCUCGCCGUCCGUUUUAAGGUACACUAAAUGUCAAAUCCCACAUAAAUGAUUCCACUUGUAAAUCAGUCCUGCUUUGGAGACAGGGCACAAGCCCUCUGAGGUAAAUAGAACACUCACUCUCCCUGCCAUGUUGACCUGGUGUUUUGCUGUGUUCUGUGGUACUCUAGGUGCUGUGGUGUAUGGAGAGCCUAUCUCUGCCAGCCUGGGCACGGACGGCACCCACUACUGGAGUAAGAACUGGGCCAAGGCAGCUGCCUUCAUCACCUCCCCACCCCUCAGCCCUGACCCCACCACCCCUGACUAUCUCAACUCACUCCUCUCCUGGUAGGUGCUCCAUUUACACUAUGCACCUCUACUCAACACAGAGCUAUGCAGUAAUCAUGUGUUACUUACACACAUCUUCCACCAGAAUGUGGUAUGUCAUCCUAGCCUCCUGGGGAUUCAUUUAUCAAAUGUGAGUGCGCACAAAAAAUACUCUAACCUUGCGUGCGCCAGUUUUCCCGCAAAGGUUGUUAUUUAUCCAUUUUGAACUUGACGGGAAAGUGUGUGUAUCUCCACGCAAAUCCCAAACCAUGCGUUCGCACAACUUCUAGAAGGUUGAUCAACUGUACUGUACGCAAAUAGGCUUAUUGUUCGUUUGGGGGAAAUGGGAGGUGUUUGAUGCAAUGGAAUUAUAAUAAUGGUAGGCUAAUAAAAACAGUAAAACAUAGGCCUAAUGAUAAAACAGAUGAAUUUGCUGUUGGUAUUUUUAUUUUAUUAUAUAGGCCUAAAUCAUAACUGGUUUAAAUUAUUCCCGCUACACAACAAAUAGUAGGCUACCAUUUAUCAAUUGAUCAUUCAAUAGCCAAACAUGCUCGAAAGUAAAUAGGCCGGUAGCCUCGACAGUAUGUGGCAGUAUAGGUAGGCUACAGUAUUGCUGUGCGACAGGAUUAGGAGCAUGACAUCGUAGCCUAGCCUAUUUAAUUUCAGAGCCUAUACCAGGGGUGUCAAACAUACGGCCCGCGGGUGGUUUGAGUAAAACAAAUUAUAAUAACGUUUUAUACAUGUUCUUUGGGGGGGGGGACGAACUCAGUAUACUUUAAAAUGACUAUAAUUAAAUCAAAACUGUGUAGAAAAUGAUAAUGGACCUACAUUCAUACAGUUUCUUGACUGUGUCCAGCUCACUAAUAAUCACCCAAAAGAAAGCAACAUAUAUAUUUAUAUUUGCAUGAUUUAGCUUAUUCAUUAUUCAUAAUUAAUUCAUCAAUAACUUUUGGUUCAUGCAUGUGACCGACCAAUACCUCACGAGGCUUCUUCUCUCCAAGCUGAGCCCUUGAAACUGAGACACCCCUUUCGGUUCUCAAAACAAUGUUCUGGGCAUACUGCCAAAUCCUUUAUACUGAUAGCGAGGAUUCCUCCCAGGCACGAUCAAUCAGUCACUUGCAUGAACCCAGUCGAAUUGGUUAUUGGAAAAGCACAAAUAAAAUGUUCCUUCACAAAACAAAAUAUUGAAAAACAAUUCUUCAUUUGCAUAGAAGUAUGGGCUGUAGCAUUUACUUAUAGAUUGUUAGAAAGGACCAUCAAUCUUGCAGGAUGUGCGGCCCAGUUCCAGCUCAUUUACAACCGAACAAAUAUAAUAUGGCUCUGAUUUAUCAAUGAAAACAUGUGUAUAUGUUGCCUGCGACAGUUUUAUAAAUCCCAAUAAUUUGUGGCGCACGCAAAUCCUAGAAUCUCCACGUACGCCAGAAUUUUGUAAGAAAUUUAAAAAAUAAAUGAGGCCCCUGGAAAGUCAUAUCACUCAAGACAAAACAUGCAAACAUAAGAAUGGAGUGUGUCAUUCUCUCUCUCUCCAUCUCUAUUUCCAUCCCUCCAUCCAUUGUUCCUCUCCAGUGGUGACCUGCAGGUGACUGGUAGUGCUCAUUGCACAUUCCACACCUCCCAGCGUGCUGUGGGCAAAGACAACUUCACCCUCAUCCCAGAGGGCACCAACGGCACUGAGGAGAGACUCUCCCUCAUCUGGGACAAGUGUGUGGUGAGGCACACUCUACUGACCUUUUUCUGCCGGGUUUCCUACAAUAAAAAAUACACUCUUUCAAAUUGAUCCUGUCUUUGUAAAUGGAUAUAGAUGUUGUGGAAUUAACAAUCAAUUUACUUUCCCUGUUUGUGCCACAGUCAUUCAUGUCAUCAAGGGGUUGUCUCAGUUGGUCAAGUGAACGUUUGCAGCUGUUUUGUUUGUCAGGAAGUGACAACGCCUUGUCUUCUGAUUCCCUUAGGUGACUGGAAAAAUGGACGAGAACCAGUUUGUGGCUGUGACCAGCACCAACGCAGCUAAGAUCUUCAACCUGUACCCCCGUAAGGGCCGCAUUGCAGUGGGCUCUGAUGCCGAUCUGGUCUUGUGGGACCCAGAUGUCAGCAAGAUAAUCUCUGCCAAGAGUCACAACCUGGUGAGAGCCUGGCCAACCCACACUGUACUAACCAUGUCAUAACCAUGGUGUUUAUACAUGGUUUUAGUCCCAGCUACUGUAUGUAGGACUCAGUUCGGAUCAGAAAAUUCUUCCACAUUUUCAUAUGAAACAUUGAAGCCCUUUUUCCUACAAAGCUUUGAGGCAAACCAUUAAGUAAAAUCUACUGACAUGAAAUGAAUUGUUAGAGAACAGCUCAUGCAGACAGGGCCUGAGUUAUCCCUCACUGAGUCACCACUUUUCUUCAUUUAGAGGAGCUAGCUGGCUACAUCAGCACUAGUUUCUCAUGAUGAUGUCAGCUGAAUGUCACAGUUACCAUGCUGGCACAAUUCAUUGAAUGACUAAGGGCCCAGACUAAAGUUCAAAUGGAAAAAGGCCAUGUUUUUUGGGUUUGCAAUGUGCAUGUGAAAGUAGGCUAAGUGCUGUCUUUCUCUGUUAUUUGCCCUCUUGUACUUUGUCAGUCUAUUUGAAACUCAUCAGAGCUCUUCUUUUGCAGGCUGUGGAGUAUAAUAUCUUCGAGGGAACCGAGGUGCGUGGAGCUCCCCUGGUGGUGAUCAGCCAGGGCAAAAUAGUGUUGGAAGAGGGCAACCUCCAUACCACUGAGGGCUGCGGGCGCUAUGUGAGCCGCAAGCCCUUCCCUGACCAUGUCUACAGGAGGAUAAAGGCUCGCAGCAGGGUGAGUCUAUAGUGCAGUGAAACUGACAUUGAAUAGAAUAGAUUGUUGAUUGUUAAUUACCAUUCUCACUGACAGUGAUGAACUUGAACAGCCAAACUGAUGCUGUUAUCUCGUCUGUCUGUAUGUCUGUCCUCCCAGCUGACGGAGCUGAGGGGGGUCCCCAGGGGUCUCUAUGACGGGCCGGUGUGUGAGAAUGUGACGUCUAAGGUCAUGACACCGGUCACCUCGGUGAAGACCUCUCCAGCCAAGCUGCAGCAACAGCAGCAGCAGCAGCAGGCUCCCCAGCCUGUCCGUAACCUGCACCAGUCUGGCUUCAGCCUGUCUGGUCAGUACAGCUCAACGUUUCUCUCACAGCUCUCACAUCAGUAG